CGGAGCUCCGAGGCCGACACACACACGUCCACUGCCCCAGAACCGGAGCUGAGAGGCCGGCAGGAUAUGGGCUCUCCAGGCCAAACACCACGGACAGACAUGGAUCUCUGAGCUGCUCUGUUCCAUCCAUCUCCAUUUGCUGCCUUGCCUUCUGCUUUCCUAAACCACCUCCUCUGCCCCUGCUGAAGCGGUUUGGCUCAGACUCCUUCCAGAGAAGAAGAGGGGGGGAAAAACAAACCCAAGUGGGAGGGCGUAGUAAACUUUCCCCAGCUGCUGUGCAGACACACACAUGCUGCAUUACUGCCAUUCCCCAAGCCCUGCUCCAUCCAUCCCUAGGGCACGGCCACUAGCCUGCUAGCGAGCUAGCGCUUGGCACCAAAAGAAGGACUGUCCUCGGGUGUAAAGAAAAAUACAAACAGGCUGUGUACACUUGGCCCUUCCUUUCUUUCUCCCUUUGCCAGUGAGCCAGGCACAUUCCCACCAACUGGGACUCCUUUAGUCUAUCUGUCAUUCCCGCUGCUCCGAGCAGUGGAGGAUUGUGAGUCGCCAGCCAGUCGGUCAUUCGGUCGUUCAGCGCGGCGGACUGAGGAAGCCGCAGGGGUUAUUUAAUCCGAGGCCAGGAUGACGGAGCCCAGCAUGGAGCACUGCCUGGUCCUGGUCCUGCAGAAGGAUGUGGGCCGGCGGCUGCAGGUGGGACAGGAGAUCUUAGAUUACAUUUUGGACAAGGAGAAGUCUCACGACCUGGAGGAGGAUCAGACGGCGCUGGACAAGAUGGUGGACGGCAUCGCCAGCUCCUGGGUCAACUCCAGCCACUUUAAGGUGGCGCUGCUCGGCUUGGACCUGUUGUCUGCCUUAGUGACGAGGUUACAGGAGCGGUUCAAGGCCCAGGUGGGAACAGUCCUGCCCAGCCUCAUUGAUCGUCUGGGAGAUGCCAGAGACCAAGUGAGAGACCAGGACCAAACAGUGCUGCUGAAGAUCAUGGAGCAAGCUGCCACCCCACAGUACGUAUGGGACAGAAUGCUCGGAGGCUUCAAACACAAGAACAACAGGACCAGAGAAGGAUUGUGCCUUUGCCUCAUCUCCACACUGAACACGUAUGGAGCUCAAAGCCUGACCCUCAGUAAAAUUGUUCCCCACAUAUGUAAUCUUUUGGGGGACCCCAACAGUCAGGUGCGUGAUGGAGCCAUGAGCUCCUUGGUGACGAUCUACAGACACGUGGGCGAGAGGGUGAGGAUGGAUCUCAGCAAAAAGGGCCUGCCGCAGUCACGGUUGAAUGUAAUCUUCAGCAAAUUCGAUGAAGUCCAAAGAUCCGGGAACAUGAUCUCAUCUUCUGGCUCAGAUAAGAACUUUGAGGAUGAGGACUCUGUGGACGGAGGCCGGUCCUCCUCCUCCGCAUCCUCCAAAGCACCCCCCAGUGGCCGGAGGACUGUAGUGAGCUCUGUGAGAAGACCCAGCUCAGCCACUUCUAAGACCACAAGUAGAGAAGCAGCAGCUGGUGCAGUCGAUGAAGAGGAUUUCAUCAAGGCCUUCGAAGACGUUCCCUCUGUUCAGAUCUACUCUAACAGAGAGUUCGAGGACCAGCUGGGAAAGAUCAGAGAAGUGCUGAACGAUGACAAACACGACUGGGAGCACCGGGUGGUGGCGCUGAAGAAAGUGCGUUCGCUCAUAUUCGCCGGCGCCAUUGAAUACGAGGGAUUCGCUCAGCAGCUGCGUCUCCUGGAGGCUCCUCUCAAGUUGUCAGCUAAAGACCUCCGGUCUCAGGUGGUCCGCGAGGCCUGCAUCACUCUGGGACACUUGUCAUCACUUCUGGGAAACAAGUUUGACCACGGAGCCGAGAGCAUCAUGCCCACGCUGCUGAACCUCGUGCCCAACAGCGCCAAAGUCAUGGCCACGUCCGGGGUGGUCACCAUCCGCCUCAUCCUCAGGAACACGCACUACCCACGUCUCAUUCCCAUCAUAACCAGUAACUGCCUCUCCAAAUCAGUGGCAAUAAGACGACGCUGCUUUGAGUUCUUAGACCUCAUGUUACAAGAGUGGCACACCAACACACUGGAGAGACACGUGGCUGUUCUGACGGAGACCCUCAAGAAAGGAAUUCACGAUGCCGACUCUGAGGCCAGAUCCAUCGCUAGAAAGUGCUACUGGGGCUUCCACGGUCACUACAGCCGGGAGGCGGAGCAUCUGUUCCAGGCGCUCGAGUCGCCCUAUCAGAAAGCUCUCCAGUCUCACCUGAAGAGCUCGGACAGCAUCGUGUCGCUGCCCCAGUCCGACCGAUCCUCAUCCUCCUCCCAGGAGAGUCUGAACCGACCUUUGUCUGUGAAGAGCGUCAUCGGAGGAAGCAUGACAAGGAAUAAGCUGGUUCCCUCCAGAGUGUCCACCACGCCCGGUUCCCUCCAGCGCUCACGCAGCGACAUCGAUGUGAACGCAGCCUCCAGCUCCAAGUCCCGCCUCUCCACCGUGCCCCCCGCCCCCUCAGCAUUCAGCUCUGCAGCCGCCCUCCCUCCGGGGUCCUACGCCUCAUUAGGUCGUGUUCGUACCAGGAGACAAAGCUCUGGCAGCGCAGGUGGAGCCAAUACUUCACUGGUGGACAGCAGGGGGCGAAGUCGAGCCAAAGUGGUCUCCCAGUCCCAGCCUGGCAGUCGCUCCAGCUCCCCGGGCAAGCUGCUCGGCCACGGCAGCUACGGCCGGAUCCCUCGAGCCACGGUGUCGGCCUCCACCACGCCGGCUGACAAGCGCACCCGGAUCCCUCGGAGCCAGGGCUGCAGCCGGGAGACCAGUCCCAGCCGACUGGGUCUGGCCAGCCUGUGUGGUAAAGCUCUUCUUCCUGCUGCUCUUCCCUACCGCACGCUAGCCCGGAGCCGCAUUCCCCGUCCCAGCAUGAGUCAGGGUUGUAGUCGCGACACCAGUCGUGAGAGCAGCCGCGACACCAGCCCGGCCCGGGGCUUCGGCCCGAUGGACCGUUACGGUUUGAUUCAUCAAGCAAGAAUCUCUGCAUCAGUCAACGCCAUGAGGGUCCUGAACACCGGCACCGAGGUGGAGGCAGCCGUGGCCGAUGCUCUGCUAUUAGGAGACUCCAGGAAUAAGAGGAAGCCACUGAGGCGGAGGUACGAGUCCCCGGGGAUGUACUCUGAUGACGACGCCAACAGUGAUGCGUCCAGCGCCUGCUCCGAGCGCUCGUACGGGUCCAGAAACGGAGGAAUCCCUCAUUACCUGCGCCAGACGGAGGACGUGGCGGAGGUCCUCAACCACUGCGCCAGCUCCAACUGGUCCGAGAGGAAGGAGGGACUGAUGGGUCUGCAGAACCUGCUCAAGAGCCAGAGAAUACUGAGUCGAGUGGAGCUGAAGAGACUUUGUGAGAUCUUCACACGGAUGUUUGCAGAUCCACACAGCAAGAGAGUGUUCAGCAUGUUCCUGGAGACGCUGGUGGACUUCGUCACGGUGCACAGGGAGGACCUGCAGGACUGGCUGUUCGUCCUGCUCACUCAGCUGCUGAAGAAAAUGGGGGCCGACCUGCUCGGCUCCGUCCAGGCCAAAGUCCAGAAGGCCCUGGACAUCACAAGGGAGUCUUUCCCGUUCGACCAACAGUUCAACAUCCUGAUGAGGUUCAUCGUGGAUCAGACUCAGACGCCAAACCUCAAGGUGAAAGUUGCCAUUCUGAAGUACAUCGAGUCCCUGGGUCGACACAUGGACCCGACGGACUUUGUCAACUCCAGCGAGACGCGCCUGGCCGUGUCUCGCAUCAUCACCUGGACGACUGAACCCAAGAGCUCUGACGUCAGGAAGGCAGCCCAGGUGGUCCUGAUCUCCUUGUUUGAGCUCAACACCCCCGAGUUCACCAUGCUGCUGGGGGCUCUGCCCAAAACCUUCCAGGACGGAGCCACCAAGCUGCUGCACAACCACCUGAAGAACUCCAGCAACACCAGCAGCAACGUGGGCUCACCGAGCAACACCAUUGGUCGGACGCCACCACGCCACACCCCCAGCAGGACCAGUCCCCUGACCUCUCCGACAAACUGCUCCCACGGCGGACUGUCUCCAAGUAUGAUGGAGUACGACACUGAGAACAUGAACUCGGAGGAGAUCUACAGCUCGCUCCGUGGCGUCACCGAGGCGAUUCAGAGCUUCAGCUACCGGAGCCAGGAGGACCUGAACGAGCCAAUCAGACGCGAGGGCAAGAGGGACGACGCUGCCGGGCGAGAAGGAGUAGCGCCGUCCCCCGGCUCUGACGCUCGCCUGGGAUUGGACGUGGUGGAAGGAGGUCGCACGGCGUUGGAUAACAAAACCUCUCUGCUCAACACGCCCUCGCCACGCUCCUUCUCCGGGCCGCGCGGCCGCGAGUUUGCUCCUUACGGCUACGGAGAAACCAUCUGUACCUAUGACAAGAGCGCCCUGAAGGAGGCCGUGUUCGACGAUGACGUGGAGCAGUUCCGAGACUGCCGACGUCAGGAAAGCGGUGAAAACAAGAUGACGCUCCCCAAGGUCUUUGCUCCCGUCGGCCAGGACCACUCUGACCUCGUGGCCGACCUCCUGAAGGAGCUGUCCAAUCACAACGAGCGCUCAGAGGAGCGUAAGGGCGCCCUGGUGGAGCUGCUGAAGAUCACCCGAGAGGACAACCCGUCCGUGUGGGACGAGCACUUCAAGACCAUCCUGCUCCUCCUGCUGGAGACGCUCAGUGAUAAAGAUCACACCAUCCGAGCCAUGGCCCUGCGCGUGCUCAAAGAAAUCCUGAAGAAUCAGCCGGCUCGCUUCAAAAACUAUGCAGAGCUGACGAUCAUGAAAACUCUGGAGGCGCACAAAGACUCACACAAAGAGGUGGUGCGUGCAGCAGAGGAAGCUGCCACCACCCUGGCCGGCUCCAGCCACCCGGAGCAGUGCAUCAAGGUCCUGUGUCCCAUCGUCCAGACGGCCGACUACCCCAUCAACCUGGCCGCCAUCAAGAUGCAAACUAAAGUCAUCGAACGCAUCACCAAGGACUCGCUGGUGCAGCUGCUGCCCGACAUCAUCCCCGGACUCCUGCAGGGCUAUGACAACACAGAGAGCAGCGUACGCAAGGCCAGCGUGUUCUGUCUGGUGGCGAUCUACUCUGUGAUUGGCGAGGAUCUCAAACCCCAUCUGGCUCAACUCACGGGCAGCAAGAUGAAGCUGCUGAACCUGUACAUCAAGCGAGCCCAGACGACCAACAGCAACAGCAGCAGCUCCUCGGACGUCUCCUCUCACAGCUAGUGGAGCUGGGGGGGGGGGUGAACGGUGUGGAUGGACGUGGGCGUGGCCGUGCUUCUCUCAGACUCCUCCCUGUCUGAGCUUCCCCUCCUUUCCUCUUCCUCCUCCUCCUCCUCCUCCUCCUCAUCAUCACAACGCUCCACUGCGCUUCUCUCCUGUUUCG